UAUCGCUUUUUUAGUCACUUUAUUUAUGAAUAUACCAUCAGUUGUACUACAGAGUCUGUAGUACAGACUUAACUUGCUAUAGAGUCGUAGACACAUACAAUUUUACAAACGAGGAUAAUCAAGAAUUCUUUGUUUUAAUGAGAUCAUCUCUGACGACGUGUAUCUUUUCAUCACAUUGAAAAAUACAUCUCGUGGGUAAGCCUGUUUGUGAGGACGCGACUUCCUAACCUCAAUGCGUCGUCGUUGAUAUUGAACAUUGGUUUUCUUGCUUGUUAAAUAAGAGACUUUGAUUCCUUGUGUGUUUUAACAAAGCGACAAUGUCGUACUUGUCGCGCAAGGAGAUGGACGAGCUAAGGCCGCAAAUCGAGAAGGCGGUCAGCAGGUGCUUGGGCUUCACCGAGUCAGCAAUCGUCACCACCGCCGUCAACUGCCUCGCCUCGGGAUACGACAGACGUAAAACCACUGACAAAUUGUCAGCACUCUUGGAUGAUAGGAAGGCAACCAAGGUAGCGGAAAAAAUAUAUGCUGUCUAUGAUGACAUGAAGGCUGCCCAAAAAGCAAAAAAGAGGUCAUACGAUGAUAGAAGUAAGGACAGAGAUAAAGAUAGAGAUUCCAAAAAGCUAAAGCUCAAAGAGGACGACUCAAAGGGCAAGGCUGUUAAUAAUUCCUCAAAAGAGAAGGGCGGCUUCAACAUCGGCAAUGUCAUGGCCAAUGCUCAAAAGCAGAUCGAAGAAAGGAAAAAGGCCCUUAAGGUAGUAAAGCCUGAUCUAGACUCUGUAAGGCCCUUAAUUAGAAAUUCAGAAUCUCUAGUUUCUUCUAUAGGCACAGUUUACAAUCAAGGUUUCUUGAAGAAGACCGAUUCCGAAAGGGCUAGAAAAAUUGCCGCUCUGCAGAUGCAAAUUCAAAGCAAAUUAAAAUCCGGGCUGCUUGGUAAUGCGCAGAGUGCAGACAAGCCCAAGCCCCUGAUUCUCGAUGAGUCUGGCAGGAUUGUUGACAUCACUGGUAAAGAAGUUCACUUGACCCAUGUGGUUCCAACGUUAAAAGCUAAUAUCCGUGCUAAAAAGAGGGAAGAGUUCAAGGCUCAGAUGCAAGACUCCAAAGGCACCGAAGAAUUUCAGGAAACACACUUCUUUGACAACCGCAUUGGCGUAAAGUCGUCGGUCAGAAAUAAACGUGCUCUGAAAUUUCACGAACCCGGUAAGUUUGUCCAACUGGCUGAGAGGAUACGCAUGAAAGCUCAAUUGGAAAAGUUGCAAAAUGAAAUCAGCCAGAUCGCGAGAAAAACCGGUAUUAGCGCCUCAACAAAGUUAGCUCUAAUAGCACCCAAAACCGAGGCUCUUAGCGAAGAUGUACCAAAUAUCGAAUGGUGGGACUCUGUGAUUCUCAACAAGGAGUACAAUAAUGAUUCCAACGACAUUAUGAGUUGCAUUAACAUCUCGACAAUCACAAAUUUGGUUGAGCAUCCAGCUCAGAUGAGACCACCGACGGAGCCGACCAAGCCAAUCGAGAUCCCUGUCUUUCUCACAAAGAAAGAGCGUAAGAAGCUCCGCCGGCAAAAUCGCCGAGAGGCCUGGAAGGAAGAACAAGAAAAGAUCCGUUUGGGUCUCGAGCCACCACCAGAGCCGAAACUCCGCAUCUCAAAUCUUAUGCGCGUUCUUGGUACCGAAGCCGUGCAAGAUCCCACAAAAAUCGAAGCUCACGUACGCCAGCAGAUGGCCAAGAGAUUGAAAGCUCACGAGGAUGCAAACGCUGCUCGAAGACUCACUGCCGAUCAGAGACGAGAGAAGAAAGCUCGUAAGCUGAAAGAGGACACGUCGCUGGGAGUCCAUGUGGCUGUGUUCCGCAUCCGCGACCUCAUUAACAAUGCCUCAAAGAAGUUCAAGGUCGACGCUAACGCCAAACAAUUAUACCUUACGGGCUGUGUCAUGCUUUUCCGUGAUUGCAAUGUCGUUGUGGUUGAAGGUGGUAUCAAACAGAUAGCCAAGUACAAGCGACUGAUGUUGCGUAGGAUCAAGUGGGAGGAAGACACGGUAAAAGAUAUGGAUGGCAAAGACGUUCCAAACAAAUGUGUGCUCGUUUGGGAGGGUAUGAGCAAACAGCGACACUUUGGUGAAAUAAAAUUCAAGACCAUUCCCAUAGAGAGAGAAGCUCGCGAGCACUUUAAGAAACACCACGUUGAACAUUACUGGGACUUGGCUUACAGCGGUGCUGUGUUAGAUAAUACCGACGAAGUGGCUAUCUAGAGUGUACAAUUAUCAGUCAUUUUAAUUUAAUUUCGAAUUUAGAUAUAGUAUGCAAAAAAUAAAUGAACCAAGUAUUUGUAUGCCAGGGUACAGCAUCUAUUUGCACAAGUUAGAAUUUUCUCGUUUCAGCUAUAUGAUCUAACUUGAAGCACUUGAGAAAGUAAAGAAGGUAUGUUGAUCAUUAAAAUUGUAAAAACAUAUUUAUGGCAUCAAAAGAAUUUCUAUUCGAUUAAAAAAACACAUACGCAGACGAUGCGCCGCUGGAUAAUCAAGGAGCCUAGUAAUCCACAGCCGUGAGAAGAUAAUGAGGGAGCAGAGUUUUGAAUUUUUUAUGCCCCUCAUCGAAGGCUUAUCAGUCACGAGACACACCAGAGAAAGAAAAAAAAGAGACAGAGAGAGAGAGAGAGAGAAACAUGAAGCCUCUCCCUCUAUCCUCGGCCUUUCUAAAGCGUGCAGUUGGCGUCACGCGCGCGUAGCAUGGAAAGGCAAGAGAGGAUUCCCAUCAAGGACGUUUUCUAGUAAAAUAUCUUUCCACUCAAUUUUUCCCUGUAAAUAUAUGCAAUUGUUUACCGAGCCCCUACCCAGAUCGCAACACGAUUAUUCAAUUUUGACGAUGACUAGUUACUAUCAGGUGGAUAUUUCUACCGUACUUUUUUAUUUUGUCUUUUUUUUCUCUUUUGUUUUUAAUUAAUUCACCGAAAAAUUAUGGCUGCACUUGAAUCGGCCAGUUUUGUGUAUAUUUGUAACG